AUGUGGGACGCCGAACCGACCCCGACCGCUGCCAGUGAUUCCGUUGUCUUCAUUUUGCAAAUGCCAUCCCUGUGCCCUUUGCUUGGUAUGACGUCCACACGAUUGGUGCUGCUGCAAAUUGCUGCCCUUUUGGCACGCGUAGCCACGUUGGACUCGCAGCCUGAACACGAUGGAUUCACAACGUACUGCUGGAAGGUCAAGGAGAGUCCGCUUGCCAAGGACGUGAACGAGUCGAUGAAACUCGUCGAGUCCAAGGAUCGCGGGUGUCCGAUCCAACUGCGCCUUGAGACUCGAACGACGUCUGGAGAUGGAGAUCGUGUUGUUCAAGUGCUCGAGCCGCUGCGAGUGCAGUGGACAGCACUCGCAGUGUUCGAUUUGACUGCCACGUCGCCCAACGCGCUCAACCUGACACAACUGUACACGAUGGCAACGCCUCAGUCGUCGUCAGCUGUCCAGAUCGUGCACUCAAAUCUGCACGCGUGUGAGUAUGGACCCAGGACAUGCACGCCGUUCUAUCGUGGCGUGAAUCCAACCGACAACACUGCCAACCACGAAGCAAACUUCACCGCCGGAAGAGCGCAAUUCGAAGAGCCCGACCUACGAUUUUCCAAACCAGGGCAAUAUUCCUUGGUUGCGCAUGUGGUCUUGCCUGGAGAGGUCUCGCCCAUCAGGUAUGACUUUGUCGUGUACUUGAAGGUUGUGGUCAAGGAUGGCGGUGGAGGUACAUCACCACCAGUGACUCCUGCGUCGGGUGGGGCGCCGCUAGCACUUUCGACGGAUGCGAGCAGCAACAGCACGUUAAACGACAUCAGCUCAUGCCGAAACGACAGCACCACAUGCCAAAAGGUUUAG